AUGUCUGAGCUCAAGACACAGUCGAAACCCCCCCGGUGGGUGUUGGACCUGAAGUCGCCGCCUCCAUAUAGAUCCAAGGCGAGCGGCAUUCCGGAUCCUCCAGGCUUCCCGUCGCAAGCUCCUACCUCCAAGAAGCAACGCGAUGCCUCGAAAGACACCAAGAUCCAACCGCGAAAGCAAGCCACACCAGAAGAGAUGGACACGUUGAAGCUCAAGAAAGCCUGGGAGGUGGCCCUGGCACCCGUCAAGAACCUGCCCAUGACGGCGAUCAUGAUGUACAUGACUGGCAACUCGCUCCAGAUUUUCAGCAUUAUGAUGGUGUUCAUGGCUUUUAAGAACCCUAUCGCCGGUCUGCUGGGCACAAACCAGGCCUUGGAGAGAUUCGAGACAGACACAAACAAGACCAAGAUGUUGCAGGUCAAGCUUGCCUAUGUUGCCAUGCAACUAGUCGCCCUGGCUGUAGGGAUAUGGAAGGUGAACGCGAUGGGGCUAUUACCACUGGCUGAUGUGGGAGGCACAACGGGAACCACUGGAGUCCGCCGCAGUUGCGUUGUAACGCUCUGCGGACAAUCGAUGACCGCGAUGCUCCGUCACCUCUUCGACCGGACAUGCGUUGCUGUCGUGCCUCUGAACUCCGCCAAGCCUACUAUCGAUGUUGCGAGAACGCUGGGAUCUCGACCUUUCGUUACAGAGUCACCAGGAGAACCCCGAGGCAAGCACACGAUCGAACUCUGUCGCCCCUCGUUGUCGCGCAAUUACACGAUGCUAGUCUGCAUCGUUGCCAUUUCUCUCUCAACUGGAGGUGGCUUCGGAACCCAGCCGCCUCACCCCUCACUAUCGACCCACGUUGUGGGCGCCUCACCUUUCGAGGCCAUUGAAGGAUUUCCCAUCUCUGCCGCAGUCAUUGGCGGCGAGGAAGCCAUCUUCGUCAAUGACCAAGCGCAGGUCGUCGCUGUGGACACGUUUGCCUCGAAUGGAGUAAUCCAUCAAAUUGACCAAGUCCUGAACCCUUACACACCAUACUUCGGAAUUAGCAACACCACCAAUUCACCGACAACCUCUGAGACGGACGGUACCGUCGCUGAUAUCCUGCUCAAGGAUGAACGUCUGACCAUAGUACGCGACAUAUUCCAGGUGCUGAGCCCGGACUUCAUCAGCCGCCGCCUCGCUUUGGCCGAGGCAGGCGGCAUAUCGCAGAUUCUCGCCAUACCAUCGAAUGAUGCCUUUGCUGGCCUCCCAAACGAUACAAUCGAGUCGUCCAUCGCGCCAUCCAACCAGCCCCUCUCACUACAGCUCUACAGCUUCGGCCUCCUCGACACCGACGUCAGGUUUGCGGAUCUGGACUUCUCAGGCGGUCCGAUUAGCGUCGCCAGCACGUUCACUGGUAUCAACGUCACCGCGAGCCAGGUCACGGGCGGCGCGACAUUUAUCAACAACGCUGGGAUCCAGGAGCAGGUGUGCGGGUUGAACGGUUGCGUCUGGGUCGUUGACCGCGUGUUGGAUCCGUUGUAUCUGGCUUUCGGGCCAUUAGAUAGGGGUGCGGCCAGCUUAUAG